UCCAGAAGAUUGAAACCCCUACGCGUACACCAACGACAAUUCCUCCUGAUUGGAAAAUUCCUCAAUUUCGUCGUCUUUCUCUAUAAAGAGAAAUUAUAAUUGCAAGAUUGUAAUUGUUUAUUUUCCUCGGAAGAAUUUGAGCAGCCAUGGAGAAGACGUCCAAGAUGGUGGAGCCGGUGAUCGGCAUCCCGUACAACGCCGCGUACCAAGCGCCGAUGGCCCACCAUUACUACGUCGCAGAAAACCCUCAUCAGGCUGGUAUGAUCCCGCCGAACGCCAUCUUCGGCCACCCCAAGGGGGUUCCCAUUCAACAGACUAUUUACCGGGAUACGCCUGCGCCGUUUGAUUGUGUUUACUGCGGUGGCUCCGGCGUCACAGCCGUCAAGUCAAAAAUAAGUGGAGCAGCUUUUGUUGGUUGUAUGAUGCCAAUGAUGCUUGGAGUAUGCUUUCUGUUGCCUAGCAUGGACUGUCUAUGGCACAAAUAUCAUUAUUGUCCAAGCUGCAAUCAAAAGGUUGCUGACUUUGAGAAGACUGAUCUUUGUAUAGUAGCGGAUCCUACGAACUGGGUGGAACGCAGUUUUGCAAUACCUGCCUGAUAGAUCCAUCUAUUUGCCCUACGGCAUCAUAGUUGUUCUGCUGUGUGCACUGUGUAUUUUGCUGGUGAACCUCACAAGAAAUGGAAUCUUACUAUUCUUGAUAUGUAUAUGGUUGUGAAUGGAAGUUACUGUAGAAGGUUUCUAAUCUUGGAUAUAGGUCUUCUCCUUGUAACUCUUGAAUAAAUAUCAAAUUGGACGUUGGUACAUAUUUCUUGUGGUUUCUUUUCUCUGGUCUUGAUGCCUCAGUCAUGGAAAUCAGAAUUAUAAUCUGCAAGUUCCACCUAAGUGAGAGCUUAUUAGGAAGCUGCUAACGGUAUGUAGAAUCUUGUCUGUGAUUUGGUUUUGGUUUAGCAGCAUGCAAGAUUCUGUUCCUGCCUAUGCAUAGACAUUCAUGCAUAAUUGUAAUGAUGCUGCUCAGUUCUUCCCCAGGAAUUCAUACAUGAUGCAAUGAUGCAGAACCUAGAG